ACCAGUGAAAUCAAAACAAUAAAACAUGCUGGUUAGUGGCUUUCGUGCUUCAAAUAAAAUUUAGAAAUUUCAUUUACAACUCAAGUUAGAACGAAAAGCAAAAAGACAAGGAGAAUUAGCUUUAUAAAAUGCCAUUCUGUCGAAUGCGAACAAUACAGCUAGCAUAAACUGGGUAUAAUCACGAGACCGCACGGACUCAGAACGAAGCUUCAAGAAAUAAAAAUAUUUGAUAGGUAUGGCAACGCGAAGGCCCCGUGUGAAGGUAGCUGCGAAUUUAUCCAUUCGUCGGCCUUCAAAAGCGUUACCGGUAGAUUCGGAUAAAAAUGUAAAAACAAUCACGACCGUAAAAUCAGAACCGGUGGUUGAUGUGCAAAACGUGCGAACAACUAAUGCGAUUAAAGAAGCCGAAUGUACGCAGGAUGAGCGACAUUAUGAUGGAACGACUCCUACAUCCGUCACGCCAUCAAUUCCAACUGGCGUUGAGGAUCACACUUUCAAGUUUCCAAAACCUAUUGAAGAAUUUUCGCGAACGACAAAUGCAGCCCCCGUCAUACACUCAUCGUUGGACACAAGCGCCGAGGAACAACACUCGCCAAAGAAGUUUGAUUCCAAGUUCGUCUACAUAAAUGCUUUGAAUAGCCCUCGCAAGCGGAUUCGCACAGAAUCGAUGACGUCGAACAAAUCGUACUCGGACGUGAGUCUAAAAUCCCGAAAAGCAAUCAAACAAGAAGAGUCUCAGAAAGCAUCUGAAGCAAAAAGAGAUUUACGAAAACGGUUAAACAACAUUCAGAAUGUAGACAAGCAGUCGCUCACUAUGUUUGAUAUGAUUUAUUAUAAUCCAGCUAAGAAUCCUAUGAAAAAUGCGGCAGUAAGUAAAAAGGGUUCCUUGGAAAAUCUGCCGCAAUCAGUCGACAGGGAACGAAGCAUAAGUAAAUCUCGAUCACCAACACCUGCGCCAGCUAUGGUCCCUCCAGCACCCCCGGAACCGUCUAAGCCUGCGAUACAUCUUACACCACAGCUAAAACUUGGUCCUAAUGGUGAGAUGAUACUGGACGAAACUAGUUUGGUUGUCGAGAACGAACGAGAAAAAGAAAUUCGUGACACGAUGGCUAAGACGGAAAUCGUGUAUGACGAUGAAUUUAGUGGCAAUUCCGGUUACUAUAGUCGAUACAAACGCACGAGAGAUUGGUCACCGGAAGAGACGAUUCGUUUUUAUCGUUGUCUCCAUACUAUUGGUACGGACUUUUCUAUGAUGAUUCAACUGUUUCCAAAUCGAAGCAGAAGGGAUUUAAAGCUUAAGUUUAAAAAAGAGGAAAGGCUCAACCUUAUGCUGGUCAACAAGGCUUUGCUUUACCCUAAAGAGUUCAACAUUGAGGAGCUUAAACAGCAGUUCAAACAGGAAGAUGAGGAAAUCGAACGAAUACGUGAGCAAGAGAAACUGAAGAAGGCGGAAGCGGAGGAAAAGCUUCAGCAGCAGAAAACAGCGAAGAUAUUGCAGUUGAAUCAAAAUAAAAGUCGAAAUCCUAAAAAACGAGUAAGUAAAGCAGCACGGGUGAUGCUAGAUGAGGCUGAGCAAUUAGAUAAAGUGGAGAUGAUAAUAAAGGAACCUAAACCCAAACGGAGAAAACAAAAAACGACCAACAACAAUAGUUCCCUUGGGAACUAUAAUCAUCCAAUUCAACAAGAGACAGAAAUAACUUCAACAGCGAAUAAUAAAACAAAUGAUAUGCCACGCAUUGGAGAUACGUUUAAUGUCCAACCGCUUGAGAAUAUUGCAAAAUGGGAUAUGAAUGACGAACAGCAAGAUCCAAAAUAUGUUCCAAAUGGACAAUUUACCGUACAAAACAAUGAGUAUAGAGAAACCAUGUCACAGCCUAGCAAUACUCCUCCGCUGGACAUUGAAUCUAUGGAUAUUGAAAUUGUUGAUGAGGAAUCUAAAAGCUUGUACGAAAUCAAAGCAGAGCCAAAAGGUUAUUCAGCGAGGCUGGGCGAUACCAAUGGCUUCGAUUCGUCAAAUGUAAUAACGUUGCAAAAUUUAGAUGAUUUGAGUCAAACAACUGUGGCAUACAGAGAACCUUCCGUGAACCGAGAGCCUCUUGAGAGUGAAACAGGUACUGUAAUUGGAUCGAUCGAAUCAAAAUACUUCGAUGAAUGUGACGCAAUCUACAUGCCAAUGCCUGCAAAUGCACCAGUAGCACAUCCAGUCGUCAGUGACUCGUACAAUGGAAAUUAUUCUUUUAUUACGGCGCAAACGAACUCCCUACAGUAUGACUUGCAUUCGACUUUAUUACCAUUUUCCGAGUGUUAUGAUAACAGAAACGUUGUCGAAGAACCAUCUCAGAAAAAGCAAAACGCUACAUCGGACCAGAAAAUCGAAGAACCAGAACCGGAAGUUGUACUGCAAACAGAAUCAAUUUCUCAACACAUUGACUCAUCAGAGGCGGUAUAUAAGGAUCUCCCUAAUCCGUCUCAGGAGUUAUCUGAUGUAGCGCCAGGCUCUGCCGUAGAGCGGCACGAGUUGCUAUCAGAGCCAGAUCAGGCACGAGAAGAGGAACCCCAUGGAUUGGGACCGUUGGAGAACAUCGAUCUUAACUCGCUUGUACUAGUCGAGAGUCAGGACAGAACUCGGCCGGACAAGACCAUCUACGAAAUUUAUGUGAUAGAUCCGCAGACGGGGAAACUGAGCGAGACACCACUAGAUGUUCCGGAAGAUGUGAUAGAAAACAUACGCUCCAUCCUAGAAUCGGGUGAAGAUUAGAGCAAAAUGUAUAUAUUCUUGAAAAACACUCAUAUUUUAGGAAUGCAAUUCUAUUUGCCGGGAAUAUAUAGCGUUAAGCCGUUUUAUAUUAAAGUAUUUUGUCCAGUGCAUUAAUCAAAAUACACAUUUGUAUCCAGUUGCUUGUGAGAAAAUAAACUAAGAUUUAUUUAUUGUAAAACAAUAA